UAGAAAUGUGUAGAAAUGGGUAAAAACUAAAAAGUGGUGUAGAAGUUACUUGAAUUGAAAUCUAGGAACAAAAAAGAAAGAAGAAUUGAGGGUGAUGGUGGUGGAAGAGUGAUGGGUGUUGAGUGGGUUUUGGUGUGCCACGGCCUGGUGACUGCUCUGGUUGUUGUCUCCUUCCUCUGCGGCCGCUGGCCAAUCUUCGAAGGCACUUUCAUCCAACGCAUUCACUACUUCCUCACUUUCGGCUUCUACGAUUACUUCCUGCGUUUCGUCGGUGCCGUUUUCGGCGCCAAGGGUGCGGAUGCAGUUCUCUCCGUCGAAAAUUUCUGCUGCGAUCGCCCCAAUCCUCUUCUUCAGAUCAUAUAUCUCGCCAUAAUCGGUUCAACAUAUUAUUUCGUUGUAAAAUCGUGUUUUGCAUAUAUUCCUGGAUACUACUUAGGUGAUUUUCACAGGUACACAAGCUUCUUGGCAGUUGCUGUUGGAAUUCUGCUCUUUCUUUUGACCAGCUUUUCUGAUCCAGGGACAGUGAAGGCUCAGAAUGUUUCUCACUAUCUUUCUGCUUAUCCUUAUGAUAACAUUAUUUAUGAAGAGAAGGAGUGUUCCACUUGCAAAAUUCUCAAACCUGCUAGGUCAAAACACUGCAGCAUUUGUGAUCGAUGUGUUGCACGCUUCGAUCAUCAUUGUGGAUGGAUGGUUAGCAUAUUAAAAAAAAUAUUUGUUUGUGUUGAUCCUUGUAACAUGAUAUUCUUUAAUUUUUAUUCCAUUCGUGUACUUGAUUCUUUCAUGUCUUGUAGGCAUUUCCUUUUGUGCAUGUAUGGCACAGUUGCCAUUGGGUUGGUUCUUGCUGGAAGACUAAAAGAAUUAAAAGUUGUCUAUAUUCUAACUGUUUAUUAUGGAGUAGAAAAUUCUUUUUUGGAUUUAGCUCCUCAUGUUGUACAGUGGUUAUUGGGAUCGUACAACACUCAGAUACUGCUUAUGGUUUUCCUUGCAAUUGUUGCAAUGCUGUUGGCUGGUUUCUUUGGUUACCAUGCAAAGCUUUGCCUUAGCAACACUACCACUAAUGAGACCUACAAGUGGCAAGACUACAUGGACUGGCAAAGGAAGCUCAAAGAAGCACAGGCUAGUGCCGAAGCCCUAAAACAAAGCAUCAAUGGAAUGACCAGUGAAAAGCGACCUGUGGUAAGCAAAUGGAGAUCUUUCUUCCGAAGAUCACCUCUUGAAGAUGUGGUAGUUGUUAAGAAUAAUAUUUACGAUAAAGGAUUCAUUAACAAUAUCUGGGAGGUUAUUUCGCCUCUCUCAACGAGGCGAACACUGACCCAAACCAAAUUGAAGUCCAGCUGAGUACACUCUUAACAUACGUCGUUUCUUAGUUAUUGAAGACCUUGAUAGUUAGGUUGCACAUAAAUUGAGUUGGUAGCCUGUUUAUACGGCUGUUUAGCCUAAUAAAUCGUCGUGAAAAGUGAAAACCAUAAUGCUAUGUUAUUCCUGUUGAGGAGUCAGUGAAGGACUAGUUGUUAGUUAGCCGUUGGCUUUGUAACGUGAGUGCGUGCAUUUCUUUUGGGAGGUUUCUGUUGUAAUAAUUUAAUUUUAUCAUCCAACAAAGGAUAAAAUGUAUAAGUAGGUAGUGCUUUUGAAAUGGGGUGAAAUAGAUAUAUGAGCAAGUGUUGGCAUACAAUUAUAAGGGGGUUUGAAGUUUGAAACAUUUUCUUUAUUGAUCGUC